AUGGAGAAUCAGCGAACGACAACGACAACGACAACGACGACGACCUCGCAGCCUCCCGCUUCACAACGGCCGGCACAGAGCACCCGCGGUUCAAUCGCUGAAGCCGCUGCACUCGCACCAGUCGCGUUGAAUCCAACCGCGAGGAGCGACUUGUCGAGCGUGAUUCAGAUUCAACGCGAAACAGCGAUCGCGCCGCCUCAACCAGCGCAGUCCGCCCUGCAUCCAUCGCACGCCACUGCCGCUCAUCCCAUCGCACAAGCAGUCACUAUCGAGCGAUCUGGCGCAGUGAGCGCGGACGAAGGUGGCGCACACGAGUCGCAGAUCAGAUCAACGCCAGUUGCCGGUCGAGUUUUGGCGCCCAAUCGGCUGCUCCACCAGGACCGAGCUCUCGGCGCCGCUCCAGCGCCGCUGCUUCCGUCUCAAGCGCUGGCGUCGUCAGGCGAAGCGCACCAGUCGCGGGCAGCCCAGCCUGGCGCAUGGUGCGCGCAUGUGCCGCAGACGACCGUGUCAACGCUGCGCGCGGCAACGAGCAACUUUGCUCCCUCGACAGUGCUGGGCCGCGGUGCGUUCGGCACAGUCCACUCGGGCGUGCUCCAUGGAACGCGUGUCGCCAUCAAGAGGCUCGAUUCGCGGAUGGCGCAUCGCACGGCACUCGAUCUCGCGUCGACAGAGAUCCAAGCGCUGUCUCGGUACCGCCAUCCAGCGGUCGUGGCGCUCCUGGCGUACGCCGUCGACGAGAACGACGUGCUCCUUGUGCUGGACUAUGCGGCUCACGGCACUCUACGUCUGUGUCUGGACGUCAGGCCUGCAGACCUCGACUGGGCGCGUCGUCUGUCGAUUUCCCUCGAUAUCGCAUCCGCCUUGGUCUUUCUGCAGCGCCUCGUUCCGCACAUGCCAUUGAUGCACCUGGACGUCAAAUCGGACAACGUGCUGCUGGACGCAGCGCACUCGGCCAAGCUCGCCGACUUUGGGCUUUCGCGAACCAUCCCCAUGCGCGACGCGCGUUUGGGCGACAACGAGCAUUGCAUUGUUCGCGCCGGCAAAACGCUGGGCACCCAGUACUACCUGUGCCCGCAGCUCGCAGCCACCGGCCAUCUCUCGCGUAAGACGGACGUCCAUGGCUUUGGGAUGGUUCUUGCAGAGCUUUGUACCGGGGAACACGCGCGCGUCCUUGGUUCGCGCUUGCAAAGUGCCAGCUCACGUUGGGAGCCCGAUCGCCAUCUGACUCGUUCCCCUGCCGCUCUCAACAGCGUCAAUCUCGUGUGGACCUUGGCGCAAAAGUGCACCCUGCCUGUCGCUGCUGCCCGCCCGAGCUUUGAUGCGUGUUUUCGGCAACUCCAGGACGCGUCCGCAACCUCGGACGAACAUUCCAACUCGUCCGCCAACCACCGCCAGUGCACCGUUUGUCGAGAUGCCGAGCCCACCGCCAUGCUGCUUCCUUGCCGUCACGCAUGUGUCUGCGAGACGUGCGCCCUGUCGCUGCUCGAGCGCACCCAGGCCGCUGCAUGUCCAAUCUGUCGGCAACGCAUUCAGCAGUUUGAGCUGGGCGAGUUUCUGCAAACGUUUGUCUGA